AUGGCACAAAUGAUAAACGAACGUGCGUCCACGAGUACAGAUUGCCCACCGACGCCUGCACCGACGAUGGUUACUUCAGAGAUGCGUCAACUUGCUGAUAAUAUGUACGAUAAAGUCGCGAAUUAUUUACAAGGACAGAUUGAAGGUACAAUCGCAGAAUACAAACUUCUUGAAGAUAUGAAUACGGUGACUGGUCAGCGUUAUGAGGAUAUGAAGUGUGUUGCAUCUGGUGUUGCCGCUAAACUCACUCAACUCAAUGAAAAAUGUGCUUCUUUAGAAACCGUUGGAUUUCAUUGUUUGCUUGAGAGUGAGGCAAAAAUGAAGCACUACGUCCGUAUUUGCAACAAAUUGAUGAAAUUGAUGAGAGUUCGCGACGGUUGGAGGAAGCGGCAACUAUACUCGAUCAAUAUGUUACCGCAUUGGGUUGCUUUUUAUCAUUCUAACAAUAGACAAAACUACGUAGUAUACAGCAGUCGAGUGGUUGAUCUGAUGGAAUUGUUCGUCAGAUUCGAAUCCAUUGUCACGGUUGCAAUACGAUGCUUCAUUCCAUCAGAUAGUCCCCGAAUCCAUCUAUUCUCGCAUUUUUCUUUUAUUGCACUGCUUACGUCUGUAAUAUAA